GCGGCGGUUCAGUGCUAGCUCAGCCGGGUGACAAUAGACAGCGCGGAGUUGUUUUUUCCCGCGCGUGCGAUCGUCCUCGAAAUCUUGAACUCUCGGACGGUCAGAUCCCCAUCAGUGUUGAUUGAUUUUAAAACUGACGUUUUUUUGCUUUGUUUUGCUCGGAAAUACAAUCCCCUUCGAGGUGACCACCGAAAAAUUACCGCCUUCAGGUUGAUCUAAGCAAGCGCGUCUCAAUUUAUCCACCAUCAUCGGAUCGUGGGUGCCUUCAAUUUUUGAUCCAAGUGACCUUAGCGGGCGGUUUAAGUGUAGAUAAGCACUACGCGUCAUACGCGAGCACGGCCUACUGCGAGUGAUGAACAAAUUGCGCGGCGUACGUGUCGCGAUUACGACGCGCUCCAGCGUGUAACGACCGGAACGGGUGCGCGCGAAAGUGAUUUUUGUAUUAGGAAAGAUUUCGAAUCCAGAGCACAGCGGACAGCAUCCAUUUUUCCUACACAAGUCGUGAACCAAGCGGGAAAAUGAUGCGUCCGGGCGGUGCUGAUCUACAACAAGAAGUGCACCAACAACGAGUAGCCCGACGGUAGCGAUCAGGUUACCGGCAAUUAACAGUGAUCGCGUGGAGCCUGUUAGCAAAAUGUCCGACAUGUCACUCUUGGCCGUACAUCAUUAGACGCAGCGUGGUCGCCCCGAGCGAUUCCAAGAUAUUCAGAGAAAUAUAGCUAUAUUUACAAAUAGUCAAUUAAGCUGCUGAAAAUGCACCAAGUGUAACGCGACGCGAGUGCAACCUGUGCUCCGAAAAAGUGCCCCCGAAAGCCAAGUAACCGAAUAGCUGAAGUCGUAAAAAAUACAGGGAAGUUGAGCCACAAUGGAAUCAACCAGCAGCAGAACCUGCAGCGUCAUGCUGAGGAGGAGGAGGACACCCGAAGUACACCUGAGCCGCUUCUCGAUCGUCCUGAUAGUGUUAGUUAGCUGCUGCUUAGAUAGAAUCUUCGGUUGGACGCCAGAUGUCCUGACCAAGUCAUACAUUACAUACGAUAACACGAUACCAGCCUUUUUCGGCAACAGUACUGAUUACUUUAAGUUGCUGGACCAGGACGAGGGUUCGAUCCUGAUCGGGGCCCGUAAUGCCCUGUACAACAUCAGCCUCGAUCGGUUGAUCGAGAACCCGAAUCAACGGGUCAUGUGGACUUCUUCGGACGCGCACCGGGAGCUGUGCACGCUCAAGGGUAAACUUGAUCAAGACUGCCAGAACUACAUCCGAGUGUACGCUCGGGUCGGCGCUAAUCGAGUUAUGCUCUGCGGAACCAACUCGUACAAGCCGCUUUGCCGGUACUACAACGUACUGCCGAGCGAUGGAUCGAUUGUGUACGAUAACAAUGAAAUGGAAGCUCUAGGACGGUGUCCCUACAAUCCGCUCCAUAACAGCACUUAUGUGUUUACUGACGGUCAUCUGUACUCGGCAACGGUGGCUGAUUUCUCCGGUGCGGAUCCCCUGAUCUACCGGGAACCUCAGCGAACGGAGCAGUACGACAGCAAGCAGCUGAAUCAGCCGGCCUUUGUGAGUGCCGUCGAGCACAACGGAUACGUGCUGUUCUUCUUCCGGGAGAUUGCCGUCGAGUACAUGAACUGUGGCAAAGCGAUCUACUCGCGCGUGAGCCGAGUUUGCAAAAACGACAAGGGUGGACCGCACCCGCUGAACGAUCGCUGGACCUCGUUUGUGAAGGCUCGCCUUAACUGUUCAAUUCCCGGCGAAUAUCCGUUUUAUUUUGACGAAAUCCAAUCCACCACAAAAACGAUCGAGGGAUUGUACGGUGGCGUUCGGAAUCAGAUCAUUUACGCGAUCAUGACGACUCCGGACAACGCCAUCGGAGGGUCGGCAGUUUGCGCCUUUUCCAUCCAGGACAUCCUGGACACCUUCGAGGGUCCGUUUAAAUCGCAGCGUGACAUGCACUCCAACUGGAUGCAGGUGCCGCAGAGCCAGGUUCCGGAACCGCGGCCCGGUAAGUGCGUCGACGACAGUCGAACACUGCCAAAAGCAUCGGUAAACUUUGUUAAGAUGAACACCCUGAUGGACAUGUCCGUGCAGUCGCUGCACUCGCGGCCUCUCUUCACCCGGGUUAGUCUGCUGUACCGCCUGUCGGCGAUCACCGUCGAUCCUCAGGUGGAAGCUCUUGAUGGUACCACAUACGAUGUGGUGUUUGUCGGAACCAACGACGGAAAGGUGAUCAAGUUCGUAAACGUGUUGUCGUCGAACACGACGGAAGAAGUCAAGACGGUCAUUCUCAGUGAAACUCAAGCGUUUCCGGUGGGAACAAAGGUCAACGAAAUUACAAUUUCGAAAAAGAAUAAGAAACUGAUUGUGAUCAGCAACGGAAAGAUCAUUUCACUUCCGCUCAGCAAUUGCAACGAGCACGAGUUUAAAUCUUGCCGGAAGUGUCUGGAACUUCAAGAUCCGUACUGUGCCUGGGACGAUGUGAACCGGGAGUGCCGUACGGUGGGAGAGGUUACUGGCAGUUCGGACAAGUUGUUUCAGCGAUUGGACGGAAGCAACGUGAACGAUAUCUGCAAAAAGUACGACCAGCGGGACCAGCGCCAGCACAAGGUCGAAGAUAACGACCUGUACACACGGGUUGAUGGGUCCGGCUCGGCGGAGAAGGAGAAAACCAGCAGCGAGCCCAAGAACGUGGUGAUUAUCCAAUCGACGCGGGGAACGGUUUCGUCGGUUGGCCCGAUCGACAUUGAUAACGAGAUUUCGAUGACUUCGAUCGAGGGCAACGAUCUGACGAACAAGAUCGGAUCGCACCAGUAUCACCAUAAGACAGAUCCCCUCGUCAAGGACGACAUCUCCGUGGCUUCGCUUGGUUGGAAGCUCUACAUCAUUAUUAUGGUGUCUUCGAUAAUAGUUGGCAUGAUCCUGGGCUACUUUAUCACGCAACACGUAAUGAAAAAGCAGUCAUUUCAUGGCAAAGAGCACCGAAAUCAGCUGAACUGGCAUCACGCGAAAAACUUGAGCAUGCUUUCACAGAACAGAACCAGCGGAAAGGACGUAAAUCUGCUGAUGAACACCACGAAUCAGUACGCUACUCAGCAGCAAGCGAUCGUGCAGCAACUGCAACAGCACCAUCAGAACAACAUGAAGGACAACAUCGACUUCGACUAGGAUCGAAGCGUCGAGUGUAAAAACUCAACGGAGAACCUGGAGAAGGACAUCAGCAAAGGCAUGGGGACGCUGCAGAAGACUCGUCAGUUGAAGACGUUCAAGCCUUAGAAGAAGAUUGUGAAUAAAACAGGUUGGUGUGAAAGAGUAAAAAUGUGAACUAAACGGAGUGUGAUUUGCUGCACGCGCGUGCGUGAAUGAUUGCCACGAGUGUCACAGUAUGCACGGAGGGAAAAAAAGCAACUACAGUCGAAUGAUAUUUGUAGCAAAACGUUCCGCGAUAGACUGCGUGCCUAGCACAACCCCAGCCCCGAAAUGCCUGCCUAUCCGCGCUUAUCUACUGAAAUUAGUUAAAACGAGGCCUUAACAAUGAAAAACCCAAACAUGUGCCCAUUUCAGACUGGUCGAAAAUCCGCGGUUAGAGAAGCUCAAGCCAUGGCUUGCUUCGACCUCAGACUUAUUUUUAACUACAAAUAAAAAACACAGAAACCCGAUCAAGUCGACGCCUUUCACGAAGCAAGUAAUACAUUUUACACAGACUAGAGAAUACGGCUUAACAAACGAACAAAACUUUCCAGUAGCGAGAAGCGAAUCAACAAUAUAUUUACAACACGGUGCAGCAACAGUGGUGCCAACUUUUUCAAACAAAAAAAAGCGCUUCGUUCUUCCACGCUUGUGAAGUGCGAGCCAAGCUCGCGGUUGCCUUUAUAGUAAAAACAAAAAAAAAAUAACUCAUCCGGAAGCGGAAAAUUUGGCACCACUUGUGUGCACGCACUUUGGCAUCCUUCAUUACAUUAAUGACUUAGCGAUUAGUUCGUACAUUUUAAAGAAAAAAAGAAUCCGCCGCACCCACGCGUACGAACAGAAACGAACAUUCGAUGCAAGGCGCAUAUCUUAUUCAUAUUCGAUCACAGAAUUUUUUGUUUUAGUUCGUUACAAUUGCUCAAGAAUCUCAAGCGAAAAUACUCUGCGAAAUGUAUUUUAAACAGCGAAACAGAAGGCAAUUAUAUUUUCCAGUUAGGUAUUUUUAGUUCAUAAUUGACCCACCUUUUCCAGACAACAAAUCGAGCGAACAAACGAAAGCAAUAUAUGCUGGAUCAGUAUGAACAAAACAAAAACAGCGUCCAUCCAAUUAGCAAUUGUAUGAUUUAUCUUCUUUGUUACUUGACGUACUCAUUUCCCGAGCUCAUAUCAUUUCAACCAGAUUUAGGCUAUGUCACAGUAAAGAGCAUGUGAGGACAGAUUUUUAACAUAUUUAUGCUUAGUUUAAUGAACAAAAAUGUGAUAUUCUUGAGUAUUUUUGUAUUAUUUUAGAAAACUCUAGCAAUUUAUAGGUUAGCGGUUAGAUAGACAUUAGUGCAAGCAAGAAUGAUCGACAUUAGAUUUUACGCAUUAUGUUCGCUGUAAGAGCGGUUUUGUCACGAAUUUUAAUCUAAGCAAAUUUAGUUGGCAAAUAGACAAAUUAUUUUCUAAAUUUAUCUGAUUGUGUAAAAUUUGGAAACGCGCAGGUGAAGAUUUAAAUUCUGCGCAAAAAGCAGUAUGUUUCACGUUUUAGGUUAACUUAACGUAUAAAAUGACGUAACUAUGGAUAUGUAAAAUUGUUAUGAUUGUAAAUAUAUGGAUACAAAAAUUUACAUAAUAAACAUUUUAAAAGUUA